ACAUGUCCUCCAAAAGUGUGACGGUUACUGUUCGCCUCAUUCGAUCUUUUGAGCAUCGUAAUUUCAGACCAGUUUUGUACCAUAAUGUUAACCUGGACCAGACUGUAAAAGAAUUCAUUGCAUUUGUGAAGAAGGAUGUGGCAUCACGGACAGAACUUCUGCCACCCUUUCGAAAAUAUACAUAUGACACAAUGAAGAUCAUCCAUCAGGCACACGGCUCUAAGACCAAUGAACUUGUUGUGAGUUUAGAAGAUGACGACAAACUCAUUUUGGCAGAGGACAGCGCCUUGAAAGCGGCUGGAGUAGCUAAUGAAACAGAGCUAGCAUUUUUCUGCAUGGACGAUUACAAGAAAUAUAAAACCAAUCCUGUUGCAACCUGGUGAAGACCAAGGAAAUCGAGAGAAUUUUUUCCUGCACCAUUUAUGAGAGGGUUUAUGCUGAGAUCCUCAAAGGGUGUGUUAUAAGCAUUGCAACUUUUGUUUGCAGGAAUGCAAGACCCAUUGCAGAGGGCGAGAAUACAAACUGACAUUGCUUUCUGACAUGAUUAAUUUCACUUCCUGAAAUGUGUGGUGUUUUAUAAUAAACAUAUAUUGAUACCUUC